GGGGCACAGCAGUGUGGAGCCCUACACAAAUCUGUGCUUCACGUGUGUCCAUACAAAUGGGGCAGCUCCAAGAGCACCCAGGGCAGGAACACAACACCAGCCCUGGGCUCUGCUGAGGACAUGUGGGGCCAAAAGCAGCAGGGCUGGAGUGUGGAAGGACAAGGUCCCAGGCAAGCACAGCACAAUUUUUCUUUAUUUGGAGCCUGCACAAUGCAGAGAUGAGGUGACAUAGUCCCAAACAUUUUCCAAGGGAUGUCCUGGGAUGGAUGGGGCCCAAAGUAUCUGACCAUUGUAUGCACAUGCUCUUGCAAAAUGUUGUGAGCAUCCAGGGGAGAUCUGGGUCUCUUCCCCAACCUCUGCCUGGCACAGACACAUCCCCUCCCUCCCCUGGGUUGUUGCACAGCUGAGGAAGCUCCCUGCAGCAGGGUGUCUUGCACAGCACAGAGGUACAAGGCAGUGUCAGAGCCCUGCACUUCCUCCACCCGCAGGACACUGGAUUUCCCCGUGGUGUUCAGGUGCGUGGUGAUACGGCCAUUGCGCUUGGAGCCAGGCCCUGCUUGAUAGGAGACCAGCUGUGGGGCUUGGCCUUUCUGCAGCUGGUACCAGAGCAAGGCAUUAAAAUAACUGGUCUGGUAUUUGCAGGUGGUCUGGAAGGGGUGUCCCUGCUUCACCAUGACUGGUCCAUCUUCCUGGGUGACUGUGACCUGCCCCGUGAUGCCUGGAAAAAAGUCAAUGUCAGCAGCUGUGCAAAGAAGGACUAUGGGAAGCAUAAUGUAUUGCAUGGAAAACCAUGGUGGAGAAAGCUCCUUGCUCUGUAGCAAAGUCCUGAGAGAUUUUGGGUGUUAGUUUGGAGCUCUUUCCUCUGCAUCACCCAAAGGAGAUCUGGGCUGUGUCUCUGAUCCUGCUUCUACUGCUUAAAGCACCAUGGAACAGCCUCUCAUGCCUGAAAUUUGUGUGCUGGAACCUCCUGCAGCCCUCCAGCAGCUUGAGGAGCCCAUCGAGGCACAGCAGAAAUAUUCAUGCUGCUUCCCCACCCCUGCCACCUCUGCGGGCUCCCCAAUCCCUGAGUACACACAAUGCUGAGCUUGGAAAGAGGGAGCCCUGGCUGUGCUGCCAGCCCGGAGAACACUGGAAGCCGUGGCAGAGCUGUGUCAGCCUGGAGGCAGAAUGGGACACCCUGCUAAUGUCAGUGAAAUGAGAGUUGAAAAGUGCCUGGGGCAGAUUUGAUGGGAUCUGUGAAUUUCCAUUAGAAAGGAAGGAAUGAGAGAUUGCAGAGACAGCUGAGAUGUGCUGAGGUGACAGCAGGAGGAUGAGAAGAGAGAGGCAGAGGGAGAUGCAUUGAAGGUGAGAGAAAAGACAGAGAAGGUGUCUGGUGUUUCUCUUCUCUCCCUUCCCUUUUCCUUUUCAAAUCGAAGAGCUUCUUGAGCAAAAAUUUGGAAAACCACAAGGAGAAGCAGACUUUUCUCAGCCUUUUCCCUCUAUCCACUGCUGUUUCCUUACGUUAUUUGAUAAAACUGUUGAGAAUUUCGUGGGGCAAAAAGAAGCCGGAUGCCUUGGGAAAAAGCCAGGACUUACCCAGGAGCUGUCCCAGGAAGACGGUGAGGCUGAGACAGGCGAGGUGCAUGGCGAGAGCAAGCUGCGUGUUUGCUGAGUGAGGCAGGGACAGAAAGCACGUCCCAGCCCCGAGAGAACAGAGCUGCCGGAAACGACUCUCGGGGGCAGCAGCGGGAGCAGCAGCGGGAGCAGGCACAGACAUGACCUGUCCUUGCAGUGCCUGAAAUGCUCCUUCUGGGUUUCUGGCUCGUCCAGCAGCAGCCGCCGUGGUUCCCUCAGCCAUCGGCAUGCUGAGCAUUCCGUGCCUCUGGGCCUGAGCCAUGGGAAGGGGCUGUUCCCGCUCAGCUGGCAGUGGAGUCCUCACCUCGCCAGCUGCCAUGGCCAGCUCUGCUGCACAGCCAGGGCUGGGCAUCGGGGAGCUCAGGGGCUUCUUCCCCACGGAGGUUUCUCAUCUCUCUGGGGUCUGUGCAAUUUCCUCUGCAAACAGGAGACUCCUCUGUCUGUGUCACUUCUCCCCUGCCCUUCUCCAUCUGCCUGGGAUGAACGCCUCUCCCAGGUCCCUCACUCCCACUCCCUUCUUCAAGUCAUCUCCCGAGUGACCCCAUCCUGGUCAUUUUGGUUUCCUCUAAAACGGGUUGGUCACAAAGAAGGUCUAGAAUGAUGUGAACAUUGAUGUAGGUAAUGAUAAUGUUUGUAAUAGAAACAUUGUCAUGAGUGUGUUGCAUCUCCCCAUGGAUUAGAAGGAGGUUUCUAGAGAUGUGGAGGGUCCUUAGGUUGUAAGAGAUUUUCCAGGUGAAGGUUACCCUCCUGUGAGCUCCUUCUACAUUUUUUCCUUCAUAGGCUUCAAAGCAGGGGAAAGAGAGUAGGAUGUACAGGGAGAUGAGGAUUCUUCCAAACAUUUCUGCUGGGGAGAGAAACCUGCAACCAACUCUGCUGAUGCCAGAGACACAUCACUGGUAGUCUCUCCUUUCCUGGGGCCUCCAUCUCCUCUCUCGCCAUCUCUUUACACUUUGUCACUGACAAAGCUCAGCCUGAGCCAAUUCACAGCCACAGCCGCUAUUUCUUCAUGGCCCAUCAAUCAGAGGCUUGAGAGCCCUGAGCUCCCUCCUUCUCUCCUUUAUCUCCUACUGCCUCAUUGUGUCCUUAUGUGCUUUGUUCAUCACUUUCCCUUUUCCUGUUUCUUCCUUUAGAAAACAAAACGCACCUGAUGUGAGCCUUAGAAACCAAGACACUCUCACCUUUCACAUGCUCUGACUGUGGCCUCUGCUGAACUUACUCAAAUGAGUGAAUUUCUGAAGAUGCCGAAAAGCUCCUGUCUCCAAAGGAAAUGGUGUCUCUAGAGCAAGUGUCUGGAGAGAAAAAUCAUGUGGAGUCCAGUCUUUCAAGUGUCUCUCUCCAACACCUGCAACAUUGCUAAAUCCUGGCAUCUGCUUUUCAGGAUGCCUGAGAGGUUCCUACUGUGAAGGGAAAGGGACCAAUCAGUUUCAGGUGGAAGAUGUUUUCUCCCUUCCUAAACAUGUUAUCCCAGAGGUGCUUCCACCAUCACUGAUGGGCUCAGCCUUGGUCAGUGGUGGAUCAGUCUUAAAGCCAUCUGGUAUCGGCUGCCCCACAACCAAAACCUUGCCAUGCAACCCAAACCUUGCCACGCAACCCAAAUCCAGAGGGUACAAAGCAAACAGAGACAGACACUUCUCUGAGUUGCCCAGGGAUGGGACCACAGACAACAAGCACAGGCUGGAACAUUGGAAGCUCUGCAUGAAACAUAAGGAAGAGCUUCUUAUUGUUGAUGGUGACCGAGCACUGACUCAUAUUACCCAGAUGACUUGAAAAUUGUUCCUCCUUGGAGCUAUUGGAAGGACAUAAGGAGAACUUUAGGAGCAAGAAAAUUAAACCCAACAUUGCAGCCCAAAUGUCCAAGAUUCUGAACACAAAGACUGUAGCAAGUUGGGAGGCAUGGAGGAAAGAGACACAGCAUAUAAUUUUGCAAUGGUAUCAUAGCAUAUCCUUGGGUGCCCAAUCAAAGGUUGAAGUGCUGGGACCAGCUGGGCCCCUUCCUAUCAACAAGGCCAAAGGCAACACCACCAGUGAGCUCCAGACCAACCUCACCUCCCUGCACUGCACCCAUCCAGCACUUGAGCAGAGGAUUCAGCAGACACUGACACAUUCCUGCCCUGGAAAUCCUGAGGCAACUCAAUCUCAGCACACAGAAGAAGCUUCCAUGGAGAAAUGUCUAUGACAUAAGCCAGGAAAUGAAAAGGUGGGAACACGGAAAACAAGCACCCAGCCCAUGUCAUUAGCUGGGAUGUUUUCCAUACAUAAUGAGCACCUUAGGAAACUACCACUUUCAUAAGCCACCUCUGGGCCUGGGGCAACUUAGAGCAACCAUAAAAGCCAGCCCAGCUUCAUGUUCUCUCAUCCACUUCUCCUGCCUCCUUCUCCUCGGGACCCAGGUGCAUCUCCAGCCCCAAGACAUGUCCUGCUACACCCAGUGCCGUCCCUGCCAGCCCUGUGGCCCCACCCCGCUGGCCAACAGCUGCAAUGAGCCCUGUGUCAGGCAGUGCCAGGACUCCACCGUGGCCAUCCAGCCCUCGCCCGUGCUGGUGACCCUGCCUGGCCCCAUCCUCAGCUCCUUCCCACAGAACACCGUGGUGGGAUCCUCCACCUCUGCUGCUGUUGGCAACAUCCUCAGCUGUGACGGAGUGCCCAUCAACUCUGGGGGCUUUGACCUCUCCUGCAUCACCAGCCGCUAUGGUGGCAGCAGAUAUCGUCCCUGCUAAAGCCACUGGUGCAGCCCUCACAAGGAUCCCCAGGAACCCAGAAGCUGAUGCUGGACUGAGGACAGAGCUCCUGGCCAUUGAAUUCAGAGGUGCUGAGCAUUCAGUGCUGCCCUUCCGAAGGAGGGCAGGUGGGGCUCUCUGAAACCAUGGCCAGUGUUUUUUUUCUCUGCCUUACUCUCUCUCCCACCUCUCUCUUGUCUUCCAUACUUCUGGACUGUAAGACUUUCAGAGUAUCUCUGGGGGAUCUGCUAACCCCUGCCCAUUGUGAGGCAGGCAGAUGGCUGCCCCAUUGGCUCUCCGGCUGCUCUCCAGUGUCUGUGCCAGAGGGGGCACAGACUUUCUGCAUCUGCAUGUGGUGUCC